GAGAGUGAAACCACACUAUAAAAGGGACCCGAGCAGAUCAAACUCUCUCUGCGUACCGUUCUUCUUUCUCUUUCUGAAACAAUGGAUCGCAGUGCAGCUCCAGUUGCUGUUGUGGGGAAUGGCCAUGGAGCCGCGAAGGUCUCUUCAAGCCCUCGAAAAGGAGGAUGGAGUGCUGCCAUUUUCAUCAUCUUCGUCGAAGUGGCCGAGAGGUUCGCAUACUACGGACUGGCCGGAAAUCUGAUCAUGUACCUCACCAACCAUCUCGGCGAGACCAUGGCCGUCGCCGCUCAGAACGUGAACGUGUGGGUCGGCGUGUCGGCGAUCUUCCCGCUCGUCGGAGCAUUCGUCGCCGACUCUUACCUGGGUCGGCUCAGGACCAUCAUCAUAUCCUCCCUCAUUUACCUCAUGGGCAUGAUUUUCCUGAUAUCGUCGGUGUCCGUGAUACCGAGCGGCUACCGCAAAUCCACCUUCUUCACGGCGCUGUACGUGAUAGCGGUCGGAGAAGGCGGGCACAAGCCAUGCGUGCAAACGUUUGCCGCCGACCAAUUCGACGAGGACUUGCCGGCAGAGAAGAUGGCCAAGAGCUCCUUCUUCAAUUGGUGGUACCUGGGCAUCACCGUCGGCGCCACGACCUCCGUCUUCCUCAUUCCUUAUUUGCAGGACCAUGUUGGGUGGAGUGUGGGCUUCGGGUUGCUGGCCGGAACGGUGGCCAUGGGGUUGGCAAUUUUCCUGAUGGGCCUGAAAGCGUACCGGAGGCAGGGCCCCCUCGGGAGCCCAUUCACGAGGGUCGCGCAGGUGUUUGUGGCGGCGGCUCGGAAGUGGCGUGCGGAGGAGGCGGGCGAGGGCCGCGACGUACGUUACUACGACGAGGACGAGCAGAGCGUGGCCGGCGAGGGAGGCCGAAAUGAAGCCCGGUGUUUGGCCCGCACUCCGCAGUUCAGGUCAUUGGACAAGGCGACGGUGAUCGACGCCGUCGACGCGACGAGCAAGGCCAGGAAUCCCUGGCGGCUGUGCACCGUGACCCAAGUCGAAGAAGCCAAGCUGAUCCUGCGCCUCACCCCCAUCUGGUUCUUUUGCCUGAUGUUCACGGUGGUCCAGGCCCAGAUGCACACCUUCUUCACCAAGCAAGGCUCCUCCAUGUCCAGGUCCCACUUCCGCCUCUCCCCCGCCUCGCUCCAGGGCCUUGUCGGCCUCACCAUCCUCGUCUCCGUCCCGCUAUACGACGGGGUCUUCGUGCCCCUGGCUCGUAAGAUCACCAAACACCCCUCGGGAAUCAGCAUGCUGCAGCGGAUCGGGAUCGGCCUGUUCUUGUCGAUUCUCAACAUGGCGAUCUCGGCGAUGGUCGAGGGCAAAAGGGUGCAAGUAGCAAUCAAGCAUGGCCUAGCGAACUCCCCCAAAAAGACGGUGCCCAUGAGCGUGUGGUGGCUGCUUCCGCAAUACAUGCUGUGCGGGCUAUCCGAUGUGUUUGCCAUUGUGGGACUCCAGGAGCUGUUCUACGACCAGAUGCCGGAGGAGAUGAGGAGCGUCGGAGCAGGUCUAUUCAUAAGCGUGGUGGGGAUCGGGAGCUUUGUGAGCAGCGCCAUCAUAAGCGUCGUCCAGGCGACGAGCUUGAGAGCUGGGGACGAGUGGCUCGGCGACAACCUCAACACGGCGCACCUCGACUACUACUACUGGGUCCUGGCCGGGUUGAGCGGGUUGAAUUUGUGCGCUUACGUGGUGGUCGCUAGCAGGUUUGUGUACAAGAGAGUCAAUGAUCACUUGGGUUUCAAAGGCGAAGUGUAAAAGGCAAUGUUUGUGGUUUGAUAAGAGAGCAAUACAGAUGUAGAACUCAAUGUCUAGCUACCUGUCGUAGAGUAAAGAAAUGGAGCAUUGAGUCACUUUUGCCCAUGUUUGGUCAAACGAGAAAUGCAUACACUUAGCCAUCGCAGAUUCACACAUCUGCUACGGCACUUUCAAGAUGAUAUCUACUCGAACUUGAUUCGGUGA